AUGGUCGACCGUGCGACUCAGACACCCAGGAGCCGCUAUGGUGCAGAACUGCGUGUGCACUUCAAUGGCCUCUCGGCGCGCAUGGGGUCCCUUGCAGUCUCAGCUGCCAUGCUUUGCAUCCUCAACGGUUGUGCGUACUACUUGUACUGGCGUAACGUCUUCCUUUUCCGAUCCACACGCCCUGCAGCGUUCUAUGCAGUGGCAGCAGGGGUGUUCUUCCUGUUUAUCAUGACACAGCUACUCAUUCAGAUGGCACUGCGCACCAUGAUUGAGCAGAUAAGUUUUUUCGAGCGAGAACGUCAGGUCAAGCGUUGUUGUUUCAUCUAUGUUCUGGCGAUACUCCCUUCUACAGCAGCGCAGAUGUUGCUGUACGCAGAUGGUUGGUUUGAUGUCUCUAUGCCGUAUGGAGCAGUAUUCGUCGUGACGGCGUACCUAAACAUUCUCACCGGGGUAUGCGCUUUGGCGUACAUCUGGGUCUCCUCCUGCGUUGACUGGGUGCACGCUGGGGUGAGUCGUGCUGCCAGGGAGAAAAGAGCGGAGGUGCGGAGCAGCUGGGAAAAACAACUGACGUGUAUCGUUGGCGCCACAGCACCUGUGAUGCCACCGUCGUUAGAUAGCACGCGGCCCGCGGAAGGCCGCCUGCAUGUCAGUUCUUGA